GACAUUUCAUAAAAUUGUCAAAUCACGAUUGGUACCAUUCAUUAAUUCAUAAAACGACGCUUCUUUCUUUGAUUUUGUAAAAACGAUACUAUUCUUCACAUCCGGAUUAUUACUUUCUUCGAUUAAGUUAAUAAGAGCAUAUCCACGCAACAUGAGCUUCGGUCUGCCAUCAGUCAAAGUUAAGCCUGAGCAUGCAGGCAACAUUCCAGUUCAAGGGGGCCCGUUUGGAAUUGCCAGCCCUUUAGUAGCUGGCUUUGGAGUAACAAAGAAUAAAUUAGGCAUGUCACAUCCAUUGCAAGCAUCAGAACAGAAUUACCACCUAAAUGAAGAAAAAAUGAACAUGUCCAUGCUUCGUAAUAUCCAAGGCUGCCACGCACCUAUGAAACUUUCCAUGGAGAGGAAGUUUGCCAGCAAGGUUGGCCGUCUUCCUUUUCUGCCAAGCUCAAAUCUGCAGCAUGAUGUAUUCACAGGCAGAUACCUUGAUAUUGGCUUUGAAGAUAUACUCAAUACACCAGAAUUUUGUGAAAUCAGUGGACAACCUCACGCUAUGGUUGAAAGAUCUUUAGGAAUUCUUUAAACUUAACACUCAGUAAAGUUAUGAAUCAAAUUUUGCAAACAUACUUAAGCUUUUAAAUAAUUUCAAUAAAUACACUUUACAGACUUCUGUAUUGAAACUA